AUGGGCACGGGCUCGGUUCCGCGCGGGGCACGGAGCUCCGACACAAACGAACUCAGCAGCCCGAGCCGCGCUCAGGUGGGGUCCCUCACUGGCCGCUGCCUCGCUGGACGGGCGGCGCGGAGAAAGCGGCUUUUGUGUGUCGGGUCUCGCGGCUACAAUGUCUCUAAGCACACAGCCGGCAGCAGCGGUGCGAGCGGUGACCGGGAGGGAAACGCGUUGGGGUCGCGGCUCCACUCGGUCUCCGCUGAGAUUGCGGCUGCUGCGGUUGCUCUGACUCUUCGCUCGGGUCUCCGUCCCUCCGAGGCUUCAGUUCAUGGGUUACACGGCCGAGGGUCGCGGCUCUUGAGGGAAGGAGCCGCCGCCGCACGCCCGCAGCCAACUUGCCCGCUCGCCUCGCGCGCGGGAGUGAAGCCGCGGCACGACAAGCUGCCGGGCGGAAAUGACGAGGGGCCUCCUGCCACCCAAAAUAUCUCUCCGCAGCCCUCGGGUGCGAGGCGCGCGCUCCACGAGCCCCCCGCCCGCUCGCGGCCGCGCGGUCCCGCCCCCGGGGCCGACGGCAGGCGCGUGAGGCGCGUGCGCGUGCGCGCGCCGGCACGAGGCCCCAGCCGGGGGGUCUGCCUGUCAGUUAGGCAGGUGCCGGGGGCUCGCAGCCUGGCAUUCCCGCCCCACUGGCCGUCCCGGGACAGGGGCGCGCGAGGAGCGCGUGCGCGGCACGGCGGCUGCGGCGGCGGCGGCGGCGGUGUGAGCUUCAGCCGGGGUCGGUCAGUCAGUCAGUCAGUCAGUCAGUCAGGUGCCAGCAGCGGGAGCGCUGCCCGGAAGGGCCUCCGAGCGGACGCAGCGGCGGCGGGACGGUCCGCCCACCAGUUGAACGCAAACUGCUGAGGCGGCUGAGGAGGAAGAUUGGCAAAUUAAGGAUGCUCAUACCAAGUGGAACAAAUCAGUUAUUCCUACUGACCAAGAACUGUAUCCAGAAAGAGAGAGAGGCAUGCAACUGAAACCCAGAAAAGUUCAUUGACCUGUCCAAGCUAGCUGCUGAGCCAGUGCUAGGAGGAAGGUUGUCUGACUCCUGUCCAGGAUGUUUAUCAAUAGACUUCAAGGUGCUGUGCCAGGCACAUACUGUGCAGCCAUUGUCAGAAGUGGAUGUCACUUCAGCUAACCUCAUUUCCUGCCUAGAAAGCUGCCCCUCCAGUCCUUGUACUGAAGCCAGACAACUCAGGUUCCCACGAUAUGUCCCUGUCGCCUCUCCACCUG